AUGAACCUUUCAACUCGUGCUACUGCAGAACCUAUUGAUCCUAAUGAAGUUUCGGAUGUGGUUUAUGAAAUACUUCUCCAGCAAUGCUUUCAAGUCGCCACUGUAACAGUAUUAGUAUAUGACACAAUAAAUCUUAAAGUUAUUACAAUAGAAAAUGAGAUUAAAUACUUUUGGAAAAUGCCUGUAAACUCUGUCAACAUUAUCUACUUUUUGGUGAAAUCGGUAUAUUGGUAUUAUAGGAGCUGUCUGCAGACUCUGUUAUGUAUUGUUGCUAACUGGACCUGGAACCUUGCUAGUAAGGCAACAUAG